AUGACCAUCAACAGGAAGCAACUGGCUGUAGGAAUAGCCUUUUGCAUUAUCUACCUGUUUCUUCUGUUCACUUCCCGCUCUCACUCCGCACGCGAUCCCGGAUCCUUCUUCUUCAAGCCAGAGGCCGGUUACAGACCCCGAUACAGCCUCAAGAGAGUUGAAGAAGCUCUGCAGCAUGUCUCUGACCAUAGCAUUUCUACAAGUCCUCUGCAACCGAUCGGCAGUCCCGCCAAAGCCGCCCGGCAUGCUGAAAUCUGCAUUGGAGUCAUUUCCGUGAAGCGACCAUUUCAGCAGAACCUUGACACCACCUUGGGAUCUAUCCUGGAUACAUUGUCGAAAGACCAGAGAUCUACGAUCUCCCUCCACAUCCUCUUUGCGCAGACAAAUCCCGCUGAUCAUCCGGACUACACUCAGCCGUGGCUCUCGAACCUCGCCGACAAUGUCUUCACUUACGAGCAUCUCGGGGCGCCCAUGUCAUCCAUCAUGCGCUUGGAAAGAAACAGGGAUGUUCGUCGGAAGUCGCUCUUUGACUACCGCCUCGCGCUUAAGUCGUGUUACGAGAAGACAGAAGCCCCGUGGAUCAUGAUACUCGAGGAUGAUAUCCUAGCGCAGCGGGACUGGUACGAGCACACGACGAAAAGCCUGCAAAAGAUUGUCGAAUGGAGACAACAAGGCCUGAUCAGAGACUGGCUCUACCUCCGCCUCUUCUACACAGAGAAGUUUCUCGGAUGGAAUUCUGAGGAAUGGCUGAAGUAUUUAACUUGCAGUAUACUCGCACUGAUAGUGGUCGCCGGCUCACUCCUCCUCGGACGAAAAAGAUACCGACCAGUGCGAGAGCUUACAACAUUCCCGUUUCCGAUAAUUAUUUGCUUUGUGUUCUUGCCACUAUUGAUCGGCCUGUAUUUUAUGAGUGGGCGCGUGACAAUGCGACCUCUGAAACCCGGUAUCCAUGUCAUGAAUCGAUAUGGCUGUUGUACCCAGGCCAUGCACCGCCGCUGGUGGAGCAUCUUCGCCUCAUGGGGAGAGAAAAAAAUCUCCAUGGCCGUUGACACUGCUCUUGAAAAGUUUGCCGACGAGAACGGUCUGGAUCGGCUUGCCAUUGUGCCUUCUCAAAUGCAGCAUGUCGGUGCAGCUUCAUACAAGGAGGAUCCCAAGGAAGAUUGGAGCGAGCCUUAUCGAGUCCGUGGUCCGAAUGGCGUUUGGAGUAUGAGUUUCGAAGAGGCGUACGGGAAUUGA